AAAAUUAGUUUCCUCUCAACAACUCUUCUCUUCCUCUUAAUUCUGUAUCUUGAUAUUAAGCUCUGGAACAUGGUGUUUUAGUUCUUUGGAACAUCAUUGAAGAUAGAAUUUGCAUUUUUCUUUGGAAGCUCACACAUCAAAUUUUGAGGUUAUCCCAGUCACUAAGGUUAUUAUAAAGAUGAGUCUUGUGUAUAGUCAUGCUCUCAAGUACUCUGAAGGGGAAGUAAGGAGGAACCAAGAAAUGGAUUCAAAUAAUAUUGGUUACCCACAACAACAUUGUCACCAGCAAAAUUCUGGACUAUUGAGGUACAAUUCUGCUCCAAGCUCACUGCUGAAAAGCCUUACGGAUGAGGAACCUUUCAGAAGUGAGGAUCAUAAUCAGAAUUACCCUCCCUCCACAAGUUCAGAUAUGGAAUCCAUGUUGGCCAAGUUGAUUUCAUCCAAUUCAGAACCUUUGCAUGAGGUUGGAGACAACCCAGUGAAGCAAGAAAUAAACCCUGUUUCAAAACAUAAUGGUUACUCUUAUGUUUCUCCAUCUCAAAUAACUUACCAACCUCAGCAAACUCAAGGUUUGCCUAAUGGUUCUUUAGGUGCUUCUGGGAAUUCUUUUGAUGGCUCAUUGAGUGCAGUGAGGGCUCUAGCUCCUGAAAAUUACACACAAAAUAAAGGGGGUUCUAGCAAUUUCUCCUCCAAUCUCAUAAGGCAAAAGAGCUCCCCUGCUGGGUUUUUCUCCAAUUAUUCAGUUGAUAAUGGUCUUGCAGCAUUAAGAGAGGUAGGUAGUUUUGGAGCCAGUGCUGUCCCAAAUGGACAUGCCACUACAUCAAGUAGUGGGUUACAUGGUACUUUCAAUUUCUCAUCUAGAACAUCCUCUUGCUCCACAAGGAUGCCACAGAUUGCUGAGACUGAACAUGAAGAUCUCCAAGCAAAUUGUGUUGAAAGAAGAAACAUUGGAAGCGAUACUAGCAACACUAUAAGUUACAUGCCUAGCUACUUAUGGGAUGGUUCUGCAUUCAAUGCCUCCAAAACAGCCACUAACAAUAGUGAAUUCAUGUUUGGAACCACAAAUUUAAUGGAAACUAUGGAUGCAGGGUUUGGAAGUCAAAAGCUUUUGACCCACCAUUUGAGUCUUCCUAGUUCUUCUACUAAGAUGGAAUCCAUGGACAAGUUUCUUCAAAUUCAAGGAUCUGUUCUGUGUAAAAUUCGUGCCAAAAGAGGCUUUGCCACUCACCCAAGAAGCAUUGCAGAGAGGGAAAGAAGAACACGAAUUAGUUCAAGAAUCAAGAAAUUGCAAGGCCUCUUUCCACAAUCAGACAAGCAAACAAGCACAGCAGAUUUGUUGGAUUUGACAACUGAGUACAUCAAAGGCCUGCAGAAACAAGUUCAGAUACUUACAGAAGCAAAGGCAAAGUGCACUUGUACAAGUAAUUAGAAAGCAAUGCUCUAAACCUUGUACCUGACUUUUAUCCUUGUAGCUAACAAAAGGAAGGAGGAAUUUUUUCUUUAUCUUUAACUUUUAGUGUGCCAAAAUUUCAUGGCCAGCUGUGUGAUUGUAAAGAAUAGAGUUAAUAUAUUUGCUAUUUAUGAAUUUUGGUCUGGAAGAA